UUAGAACCAAGAACCAACAGAAAACGAAAUGGCGGCAGUGACUCAGAUUAUUAUCCCGAAAACGGGACUUUUAGACCACGAGCGGGAUUUAAAUUGGAUGCGGGAUAAAACGGAUUUUUCAGCUAUGACGUCUGUUUUUAAUUGUUUCUACUUAUUUUUAGGGAAAACGAACUCCAAUUGGUAAACUCCUGUAGCAAAAGAUAAUAUCGAUGUUUAAACAACUAUUUAAACAUGAUUCGUCAAACAUAAAUUUAAACGAAAAAUACCAUACGGGAUAAAACGGGUUUCUCCAUCAUCCGGAAGCGGGAUUAAACGGGAUUUCUCGAACCAGCAGGCGGGAUUAUUUUUUUGGUCGUGUGGUGGAUACACUGAGACUGAAUGGCAGACGUGGUUGGGUUUCUUGCUUCUUGAUCAGUGUCGACUGUCAGAGUUGAUUAAUUUGAACCAGGAAUUAAUUGGGAUUGGGACUGGAACAUUGAAGUUUUAACUCUUGAGUGACUUAUUACGACAACUAAUAGAACGGAAACGAAACUACAACGGGACACCGACACUGACAGCACUCGACAGUCGACUCAUCCAUCAGUAUGACAAUGAAAAUGGACGCCAGACUACCUUAGAAAAUGGAUGGUGGCAGCAUUCCUGAAGAUGAUGGCAACAUUGCUGAAAACCUAGAUGAUUAUUACAGCAUCAACAUUCCUGAAGGCCUAGACGACUAUGACAACAUUACUGAAGACCUAGACAGUUAUGACAACAUUCAUGAAGAUCCAGACUACUGUGACCAUAUAGAAAACCAUGAAGAUUCUAAUAAGAACAAAUGCAAGAGAAAAGAUGCUGAUGAUAGACAAAAUCUAAAUCUUCAAAAAAAGAAGCAAAAAGUUGCUCCGAUUUUUAUAACACAAACCAAGCAAUCUAAUUCCACUUCCAUCAAUAAAUGUUCUCGUAGUAAUGAAAAUGAAAUCCUCCCAUCGACCUCACAAAUUCAAUCCCCAUCCCCACCAAUCCAAUUGAUAAGAAAUGCAAAUCCUCUAUGGAAUUACUUUGAAAAACCUAACAAAUUUGAAGGAAAAUGUAAAAUUUGUCAAAAAAUGUUAAAACAAGGGACAAGUGGAACGACAUCUUCAUUAAUCAAACAUUUGAAAAGUCACAAACAAAGUUAUGAGAGCUAUACAAUCGAAAAACAAAAAUAUGAAGAGCAAUCAAAGAAAAGUCUACAAAUACCAACAGACAAAAAAAUUCAACAAAAACUAACUAUCGGUCUUGGCAUUGGCAUUCCUAAGUGGCCUUUGGACUGUAAAGAGCAAAAGAAAGUUGAUGGGCUAGUCUCUACUUUUAUUGUGCAAGGCCUGCAUCCCUACUCGAUUGUUGAGGAGCCAGGUUUUAAACGUCUUAUAAAUGCUGGUUUUCCAAAAUACAAUCACCAUAGCAGAACAACAUUUUCAAGAUCAAUAAUACCUAAAUUGUACAACGAAGAGAUGACAAAAGUAAAAUCAAUUAUAAAUGAAGACUUACCCUACCUAGAAAGUCUUGCAUUUACUACGGACGGAUGGAAAUCUAGGAGUGGUGACUCUUAUUUCUCUCUCACAUGCCACUACAUAGAUAAAGAUUUUAAUAGUAAAAGUUUCUGCCUAGGAAAUAAACUGUUUGAGGAAAAGGCUACUGGUGAAAACAUCUCUAAUUUCUUAAAAACAGAAAUGUAUAAUUGGGGAUUGUCUGAAAGAAGAGAAAAGGUAAUACCAAUUUACAUGGUAACCGAUGGCGGAAAAAAUAUUGUCAAUGCGGUUAAACAAACCACGUGGGUUCACAGAGAAUGUUUCGCACAUAAACUCCAGCUCGUUGUGGAAUCUGCAGUCAACAGUGACACAGCAGCUCAAGAAAUGUUGCAAAAGUCACGGUCAAUUGUAGGGCAUUACCAUAAGAGCAAUGCUGCUACAUCAAGAUUUAAAAAAAUUCAGCAACAACUGUCAAUGAACCCAAAACACGUCAUUCAAAUGGUAGACACCAGAUGGAAUUCCGAAUUCUUAAUGCUUGAAAGGCUUGUUGAGCUCAAAAUUGCGAUAAACACGGAACUGGCAACGUCACAUCACUCAAUAUCAAUUUUAAGUCAAGAUGAAUGGGGUUUAGCAGAAGCUUACAUUGAGUCGCUGAAACCAAUUGAAGUGAUCACAAGAAUUAUGUCUGCCGAUAAAUAUCCUACGUCUUCUAUGAUUAUCCCAGUAUUACAUGAAAUUGAAACAAAGUUAACAAAUAUAAUUGCUUCGGGCCCAAGCAACAAAUCAAAUAGUACAAGAAAAAGUGUAUCAUUUGCAAAAAAUCUUCUCAAUUCCCUGAAAACAAGAUUUCCACUAUACAAGGAUAACAGUAUUAAUCAAAUCUGUACAGCUCUAGAUCCUCGGUUUAAAUGUGUUUUACUUGAAAAGAAUUUGAUUGUAAAAAAACUUGAACAGCUUGCUGAAACCAUUUACCAAUCGAUGAACCAUUCAAGUGUGCAGCAGCCUGAUGUCUCCAGAGAAACCCAGCCUUCAUGCUCCAAAGAAAAUGACAUUUGGAGUGCUUUCAACAAAGCAGCAUCCAAACAAAUGCAACCAUCUCUCAGCCCAGGAAUUCAGGAAGUAAAUGCUUACUUUCAAGACGGCCUUGUUGAGAAAACAGUAAAUCCUUUUGUUUGGUGGAAGCAAGCUUCCUCCAAAUAUCCCAUCCUAUCUAAAUUGGCGCAAAAUUACCUUCCCAUACCUGCAACCCAGGCCAGUAGCGAACGACUCUUUAGUGCAGCGGGCAACAUCAUUACGCAGAGAAGAGAAUCUCUUACACCUGAACAUGCUGAGCAGCUUCUGUUUUUGUUUAAUGUUUAUAAAGACAAAGACUAAAAUAUUCCAUUCACACGGAUUAA